AUGUCCAAGUCUCGMACAACGCCACUCCAAUACGUUUCAAUGCSAAGACUGGAGUUACAAGCUGCAACCAUAGCUGUGAGAGUUAACAAUCUUAUCCUGAAGGAAAUUGACUUAUCCAUCACAGAUACCUUCUUUUGGACGGAUUCUAAGCUGACCUUGCAAUAURUCUACAACGAGUGCAGAAGGUUCAAGACMUACGUUGCAAAYCGUGUUGCUGAAAUYCGUGACUCGACUGAACCGCGAAUGUGGAGACACUGCCCAGGARAGCUAAACCCCGCUGAUGACGCGUCGCGUGGACUAACRCCUACAGAGAUUCUCAACAAGAAGAGAUGGCUUCAUGGCCCCUCAUUUCUGUUGCAACCUGAAAGUGAGUGGCCAAGYGAAGAUGCUGGAGAGCUUCCCAAUGAUGAAGUASAAAUCAAGAACGAGAAGCCCAUAUUUACUGUUACAGCUCCCACAAACCKAAAGGCACUACUCACACGCUACUCAUCUUGGUCGACAUUAUUGCGUAAGAUAGCCUGGUUGCUCAAAUUCAAGAAAUACUUACAGUAUCGCCACGUUGGAAAACAAUUCAGCAGUGAUGACAAGAAAAUCUCCACAGAUGACUUAGAACUUGCUACAGUAGCCGUAGUGAAAGCUGUACAGCAACAAGCAUAUACAGAAGAGAUUAGCGACUUAGAGAACAGUAAGAUGGUAAAGUUAUCCAGCAAGCUUGUCAAACUUCACCCAGUACUAAUGGAAGGUCUGAUGAUAGUUGGAGGCCGGAUAGUUGAAGCUGCUAUUCCCUUUCAGUCUAAGUGUCCCAUGAUAUUGCCUCCUGAUCACCAUGUUACACAUCUACUUAUAGAACAUUACCACCAGAAACUUGCCCAUGCUGGUCAAGAUCACAUCCUAGCUCAACUACGAGAGAAGUUUUGGAUACCAAAGGGAARAUCAGUGGUCCGCAAAGUGGUACGUGCGUGCUUAGCAUGUAAGAGGUACAACGCCGUAAGAAUGGAGCAGAUGAUGGYAUCUCUACCUACCUUCCGUAUGACUGCGUUUGAGCCAUGUUUCACACACACGGGUGUGGAUUAUUUUGGCCCACUCAACGUAAAAAGGGGAAGAUCCCAAGUAAAGAGAUUGGGAGCUAUAUUCACGUGCUUGAACUCCAGGGCGGUUCACCUUGAAUUGGCCAGUUCUUUGGAAACUGACUGUUUCAUCAAUCUUCUUAGACGGUUCAUUAAUAGAAGAGGACCCCCAAAGUAUAUCUACAGCGAUAACGGCACCAAUUUUGUCGGAGCCGAAAGGGAGCUAAAGACAGCCAUAUAG